CCUGUUACAUGACUUAAUAAAAGGAAAAUAAUAGUUACUAUGCAAGCCCAAGGGCUGUAACUAAACAAAACCAAGAUCAUGUUCAGUUACUUAUCAAAGCCUAGAAAUCACUAACGAGCCCAAGAUUUUGGGUCUCAGAGAAGCCAAUUAUGAAACUCCCAAGCCUCCCUAUAGACCCAACCUUAUAAACCCAUCAUUUUUUUUUUCUUCUUUUGAAAGUCAUUGGAACAGAAUUUCUUCAGGGAAAGAGAAGGCUAGCAGCAGCCAGCAGCAAGGAGGCAGAGCAAAUCGAUACCCAAAACUCAAAGGCAAGGAAAUAAACUGCUGUGCAUCCUUUAAUGGCUUCUAUUCCGUCCUCACAGCCUUUUAGCAAUCCUCAAAUGCAGCAUUUUGAAUACCAAGGUGUUGACGGAGCAACGUCAAACCCUUUAGAAUUGGAUUCUAUAGCAACCCUUUUGAUACGGCAUCUUCCUGAGGCCAUUCCUCAUGAAACUCUUUUGCGGCUUUUCUCUCACUAUGGUGCAUCCUCUGUUCGUCCUUGCUCUACUGGAAAGUUGAGGAACUGUGCAUUUGUGGAUUUCAAAAAUGAAGCAUUGGCUUAUCAAGCGCAUCGUCAGUUAAAUGGCCUGAGGUUUCUUGGUAAAGUCUUAUCAGUGGAGAGAGCUAGUAAACCAUCUGAGGAUAAUAAACCUCAGAAAACUGGAGUUCAGCUUGCAAAGGAUUUUCCACAAUCUGCAUCUUUGGUGAAAGAUGCUAACUUGACUCAAGACCUAACUCAAGGUUCAAGAUCAGGAUCAAUACCUGCUAGUGAACCGAUUGCUCUUAGACUUGGUGUAGACUAUCCAUUUCCUCCUCACCUUGAAUAUGCUUACCCUCCUCCAGAUGGAAAUAUUUUGACCAAUAUUGUUAAUGCUCUUAUUGCUGUUCCCCGUUUCUAUACCCAGGUGUUGCACCUAAUGAAUAAAAUGAAUAUUCCAGCUCCAUUUCGAAUGGCUUUGCCGACACCACCUCUGCCACCACCAAUACCUGCUCCACAGGCACCGCCCCCACCCCCACCUCCUUCUUCCACACCUGCAAAGGCUCAUUUUGCAGAUGCAUCUUCUAGUGAAUCAGAAAUGGAGUCUUCGGAUGAGGAGUUGAAUGACAAAGAUGUGCCAAAAUCUGCAAGGAAGCGUGCCAGGCGAGAAGUCAUUGUAGGCCCUGCAAUUGAUAAAAGUGUAGCUCAUGAGGCUGUUGGAGUGAAACCUGCCACCUUGAUCCCAAAAGAAAUCCCAUUGAUAAAAAAGAAGAACCCUGUGUUGCAGAUCAAAAUUGCUCCCAAACACAUUCCUAAUGAACAGAAAGAUGAUGAUGAUGAUGAUGAAGCUACAAACGGAUUCCAGGAACCUAAUGAGGAGGAUUCAGAUGCCAAACGAUUUGCUACUGCAGAUGAGUUGGAAAAGGGAAAGUUGCCUCCUGAAGAAAUCUUAUCUCUUCCAAUGUUUAAGAACUAUACGGCUGGGAAUCCUGCUUCUGUGUUGUAUAUAAAGAACUUGGCAAAGGAUGUUGUUCCUGAAGAUUUCUAUUUCAUCUUUGGAUCAUUAUUUGGAAGCAUUGGUGCAGCUAAAUCGGGUCUUAAUGUGAAGCUAAUGCAGGAGGGAAGAAUGAGGGGCCAAGCUUUUGUGACAUUUCCAUCAGUUGAACUUGCCCAUCGCGCUUUGAGUCUUGUAAACGGGUAUGUGUUCAAAGGCAAACCAAUAAUCAUCCAGUUCGGUCGGAAUCCUUCCGCUGCAAAAACAAAUUAAAAUUGAUGUGUGGUGACAUGAGCAACCUCCUGCAUGAUUAUUACGGUGGUGAUUAUGCCUUUGUCCGCCACCCUAAUUGUGCAAUCCCAAGGCUGCAGUGCACGGAGAUGUGUGCUAGAGUUUCUGAAAUGAUUAUUCUGCCAUUGCAUUUUAAUGGAAAGAAUUUUUUGGCUGCCUCAAGGGUCCGCUCCAGAUCAUGAUUCAUAUCUUCAGUUGUGACUGGAGACAAGCACAAAACAGCUUUGCUGCUUGCUGCUACAGGAUUUAAAGGCGAAGAGCCAUUGUGUAAGGCAGUAAUCCUUCAUCAUCACUGGUACUAAUGUCGGUUUAGCUAUUGCAUCGCCCUUAAAAAGUUUCUCAGUCCAUCUUAAAUCUGUGUACAAGCAUGAUGGUGAGAUUUGAUGUUGCAAUAUUUAUUAUUAUAAACAAUGGUUGGAAAUUUCUCCUUGUUCUUCAUUUUCACUGCUUGAUUCAAGAAAUUUCCCAGAAAUUCUUCUUUUUAAUGUGGUAAAUUUAUUAGAUUCUCAGCGGUCUAUAACGUAAGUCCUGU